AGCCGGGUGGUUCAUCAGUUCCAAGCUUGAUUUUGGAUAGACAGGUCGCUGCGUUUACUUGAAACAGUGCAAACUUUUCUUCGGAAUUCAUUGUAGUUCAUCUCAGUUAACUAAACUCAAUUCAUCAUGAAAUACGCCAAAGGACAAAUUCGCCACAUUUUGGACCUGUCCAAGGAAGAGAAACGGCAGUUCAUCAAAUCAUUCGACACCAUCAUGUCGGAUUGUGAUGGUGUUGUUUGGCAUUUCACCGGUCCGAUUCCCAAUGUGGAUAAAGCAUUGCAACUCCUUAAGAAGAAAGGCAAGAAGCUGGCGUUCAUCUCCAACAACGGCAUGCGCACCAUGGAGGAGUAUAAGCAAAAGUUUCUCAAGCUGGGAAUACCCUCCCAUGAGCUGGAAAUUGUCCAUCCGGCGUUAACUACGGUUCGCUAUCUGAAGGCAAUCAACAUGCAAGACGCAGUCUACUGCAUUGCCACCGAGGUGUUCAAGGAUUACUUGCGCAACGAAGGGUUCGUUGUUUUGGAUGGGCCCAAGGAGCAAUUCUCCGACGACAGAGCGGCCGAUUCGGUUCGAGUGUUCACGGAGUACUUCGAAGAAACCGAAAGCCCCAAGGUUGGUGCCGUCGUGAUGGAUCUCGAUUGCAACGUUUCGUUGGCCCAUCUGAUGCGCGCCAAAUGUUAUCUGCAGCGGAAUCCUGACUGUUUGCUGCUUGCCGGCGCUACGGACUACAUCGUACCUCUGGGCGGUGACAAGCGCGAUGUGAUUGGACCCGGUUACUUUUUGGAAGUGCUUGAACGAGCAACAGGCCGCGAAGCUUUGGUACUCGGAAAGCCAGGUCUAGCUCUAUCCCAGUUCAUUUUGGAACAGUUCAAUGUAACACAACCGGAGAGAACGUUAUUCAUUGGGGAUAUGCUCAUGCAGGACAUGGGAUUCGGAUCACGAUGUGGUUUCCAGAAGCUGCUGCUGCUGAGCGGUGGCACCUCAUUGGAAAUGUUGAUGGCUCAUAAAAAGCCGGAAGAGCUGCCUGAUUUGUACGCUGACAGCUUUGCUGAUUUUAUUCAGGUUUACAAAGAUAUUUCGGAAUAAGUGAGUGCAGAAAAAUGAAGCUUUAUUAGGAUUAGUCUUAGCUAUAGGCGCUUCAAUGCAAAUCAAUGUGAUAAUAAGCGAAGAGCUUCUCCUUAUAGAGUAUAUUGUGACCGUAUUCGAUAACAUUUCUAUGGUUAAUGUCGAUGUUUUAUAGUCACAUACCGUUUGAUUAAUACAAAUUACUUAUUGCAUUUAUUAUUGAGGAAUAAACUACAAUUUCAAAACACGAUUAAA